AGUCAGCUCGUUCCUGCCUCGGGCCCCACCUCCCCCCAAAUAAACACCCCUCCCCACGGCCGGGGAACCCGCACCGCCCCCUUCCUCCCCGGGCCGGGCGUGCGGUGAGGGGCCGUGAGAGCGACCAAGCGCGGGCCGGCGGGCCAGCUCCCAGAGCGCCAGAGGCGGUGCCGCAGCGGCACACCGGGGGCGCGUGUGCGCGAAGGCGCGCCAGCCAGGGGCCUCGGCGAGCCGCCGGCGCCGCGAGCCGCCGAGACCGCGACGACCCGCCGCCACCGCCGGCCGCCCGAGGGGCGCCGAGCCGGCGCGCGCGCACGCACGCACGCACGCGGGGGCGGGGGCAGGCGCGUGUCCGCCUGCCGCGACUGUCGGGGCCGAGGCCCAGGGGGGAGGUGGCCUGUCGCGGGUCGCCCGGCUCCCGGAGGCUAGGCGGGCGCGGGCGGAUGGCGGAGGGCGCCCAGCCGCAGCAGCCGCCUCAGCUCGGACCCGGCGCCGCCGCCCGGGGGAUGAAGCGGGAGUCAGAGCUGGAGCUGCCGGUGCCCGGAGGCGAAGGGGACGGAGCCGAGCCCGGCCUGAGCAAGCGGCCGCGCACCGAGGAGGCGGCGGCCGACGGCGGCGGGAUGCAGAACGAACCUCUGACCCCAGGUUAUCAUGGAUUCCCAGCUCGGGACAGCCAGGGUAACCAGGAGCCAACUACAACUCCUGACACAAUGGUUCAGCCUUUUACAACCAUCCCGUUUCCACCACCUCCACAGAAUGGAAUUCCCACAGAAUAUGGAGUGCCCCAUACUCAGGACUAUGCCGGCCAGACCAGUGAGCAUAACCUGACACUCUAUGGAAGUACACAAGCCCAUGGAGAGCAGAGUAGCAAUUCACCCAGCACACAGAAUGGUUCUCUUACGCAGACAGAAGGGGGCGCACAGACAGAUGGCCAGCAGUCACAGACGCAAAGUAGUGAAAAUUCAGAGAGCAAAUCCACCCCUAAACGGCUGCAUGUCUCUAAUAUUCCUUUCCGCUUCCGGGACCCUGACCUCCGACAGAUGUUUGGGCAGUUUGGCAAAAUCCUAGAUGUAGAAAUAAUCUUUAAUGAACGUGGCUCUAAGGGAUUCGGGUUCGUAACUUUCGAGAAUAGUGCUGAUGCAGACAGGGCCAGGGAGAAAUUACACGGCACCGUGGUAGAGGGCCGUAAAAUCGAGGUGAAUAAUGCAACAGCACGUGUAAUGACCAAUAAGAAGAUGGUCACACCUUAUGCAAAUGGUUGGAAAUUAAGCCCAGUUGUUGGAGCUGUAUAUGGCCCUGAGUUAUAUGCAGCAUCCAGCUUUCAAGCAGAUGUGUCCCUAGGCAAUGAUGCAGCAGUGCCCCUAUCAGGAAGAGGGGGUAUAAACACUUACAUUCCUUUAAUCAUUCCUGGCUUCCCCUACCCAACUGCAGCCACCACGGCGGCCGCUUUCAGAGGAGCCCACCUGAGGGGCAGAGGGCGGACAGUCUAUGGUGCAGUCCGAGCGGUACCUCCAACAGCCAUUCCCGCCUACCCAGGUGUGGUUUACCAGGACGGAUUUUACGGUGCUGACCUCUAUAUAGAAUCUGCAAACUGCUUCAGAUCAAACAGGGUGGAUAUGCAGCCUACAGAUAUGCACAGCCAGCUACUGCAACCGCAGCCACCGCUGCUGCCGCCGCUGCCGCCGCUUACAGCGAUGGUUAUGGCAGGGUGUACACAGCCGACCCCUACCAUGCCCUUGCCCCUGCCGCCAGCUAUGGAGUUGGCGCUGUGGCGAGUUUAUACCGAGGUGGCUACAGCCGAUUUGCCCCCUACUGAAGUGACGUGAGACCCCUGCAAAUGGGACAGCCCCCCAGUUCAUGAGGCCUGGCUAUUGCAAUAUUUACUAGUAGAGGAACUCUAUAGCAAGAUGAAGAGGAAAAACAAACAAACAAAAAAAAAAAUACACAAAAAAAGAGAGAAUACUUUUUUAUACCUCACUAUGUUCUUUGAAUAUGUAUAUUUCCUUUAAAUUUCUGCCUUUAAUUCUUUUGUUCCAAAGAUUGUGCAUUUUUUUCCUUCUUUUUUUUUAACUGUGGUAAAAAAAAUAAUAAUAAUGCAUUUCCAUGUCUGUAUGUCCGUGCUUAGCUUAUUCUAUCAAUCAUGGAAGAGACAGUUAAUGAGGAAGAAGAGAAAUAAGGAGCUGAUAAAAGCAUCUGAUCAGAUAUCAGCAGACAGAAUUACCAAAGUGUGUCUGGUGCUGGGUGAGUGGGAGACAAGCAGAGGUAGAAGAGACCUUUCUGCAACAGGAUAUUUUUCCUGGUCUUCUGAGUUUCUGGUCUUUGGCAGGCAGUUUAGAUUAGCUGUGGUUGGAAUCCACAUGCUGAUAGGUGUUAGGAUUUUUUGCUGGCAAAACAGAAGAAUUAAAGACACUUUCCUCUCCUCUUCCCUUCUGUCUUCUCCAUCCCUUUUACAAUCAUCUUACAUGCACAGACUGAGGCAGUCGGUUUGUGUUGGGAACUAUAGUGUUACUAUUUCCAAACACAUUCUCAGACUAUAGAUAAGAAACACCUCAUUAGGAAACCGACUGAGAAUGAACCCUGUAGUAUGAGGGGAAACAAAUCAUUCUUUUCUUUCUUGUAAUCCUAGCACUUCUGCUGGGCCUUUUACCUGAACCACAGUUUCACUCACCUAUCAUUUUAUAAACACAUGUCCUCAAGAUUCAGGAAUUUAGGACCCAGGGACAGAAGAAUAAAUAGCCAGUUGCCAUACCCCAACCCCCAAAGUUUCUGAGCACAGCCUGAGGGUCAGCAGCACAGAACACUGAGAGAAAUGGGGAUGUUAGACCAUGUCUGGCUUUCUCUUAAACCAGGAAGUCGAUACAAAGUGUAAAACAUAGUAAGAAUAAGAACUCUGUUGAUGAGAAAACAAAGCAGUCAGUCCUAGGUCAGCUGUCCCUGGAAGUUUUGGUGAUGAGGCCAUGUAAGGGCAGGCAAAGGCACUUUGUACUAGCUCCAGAGCCAUAGGAAUUUUCAUCUUCCAGAGCCUUUAUGAGUCAUUUCUGUGUCCACAAUCUCAAGCCCUCAUGACCAUCCUACCCAGCUUCUCAUUAUCCUCCAAAGACACCCAGCUGAGCACCCAGGUACCUCCAUGUACAUGAACACUACAGGACAUAAAAUAGGGAACCCCUGAGGUCAGUCCCCUCCUGUGUUGGAAGGAGGGUUUGAAAUAGCAAAGCUCCCUCUGUAUAACCAGACAAAGUCAUGUGGCGGUGGUGGCAGUGACCCACUGCCAUUGCUGCCUGGCUUCAGUUUUAUUAUAUAUGUUGUCAAGGUGGGGGAGAAAGUGUUUCUCUCCUAGCUGUUAGCUAUUACUGAUAAAAGCAAGGGUCCUACAGCAUUUCCAAAACGAAGGUGUUAGAAAAUAGGAAAGCACGGUCUGUUUGGCUCCCUAGUCUAUUCAUAUUGGUACUAGGGUGACCUUUCACCCAAGGAAUAGCUGCUAAGGGGAGUAAUUCAGAGACAUGGAGCUUCUGGUUUGUUAUGGGUUUGUUUUCGUUUGGUUGGUUUGUUGUUGGUUUGGUUUUUUUUUGUUUGUUUGUUUGUUUUGUUGUUUUCUCCUGCCUCCACACAUGUUCUUGGUUGAGAAUUGAUUCAUGUCCCUGAAUUAAAACAACUGACUUGUGACAGCAUCAAGCAUUCUUUGUUAAGUAGAGUGAUUUCUCCAGGAGGAACAAGGAGAGAGGCUGUCCCUCGAAUGGAGGCCAUCAAGAAAGCUUGAGGCCUCAAUGCAAUUCUUACUGAUAAUUGGGUAGGAACACUAAAAUGCCCAGCCUUUUGGCUGUUUUUUUUUAAGAUUCCCCCUCCCCAAACCAAAGUUUGGUUUGUUGCUAUUAGGACAAUUUUUGUUGUAUGUAUAUAAAUAUUUUAGUUAGAAGAAGGUGGAAUGGGAGGUGAGACUUUCAUAGUUUUAGGGGAUGGGGGCAUGGAGGCUUUUUUUUUCCCCCAUCUUUUGCUUGUUUUUGGAGAGCUUUUACUGACUAAAGAAACUGAAAAAUGUCAGAUCCUGUUCAAAUCUGGGGCACUCAUGCAAGAUGGCAGGCAACCCAGUAGGGACAAGACCACAUUCUCACUGGUCAUGUCCAUAGCGGGGGAGAAUAGAGGAAUGAGUUUAAGAAUUUUCUCUUGUUUUUUCCAAAGAAAAGGAAAAAGAUAGAGAUAAAGAGAAAGGGGACAGCAACUCCCACCACCCACUCUGAGACUGAAGCUCAGGCAUAAGGUGCCUAGUGUACCUAUCAGUUCAGCUGGUCCUGACUGAGGACUCUAGGCAAGCUGUGCCUUCCCGUUGGCUUCUGCUGCAUAUCCAGGGCGAUUUUUCACACUGCUCCCUCCAGCUCCCCUUCCUAAGAAAAACAAAACAGAGUUCUACUUUUACCACAGGGCCUCCGGUUCUCCGUGUCAGACUGAGUUUCUCCUAAGCACCUAGAUUUGACAGCCUCCAUCUCCCUCUUGGCUUUUGAGCCCUGAGGUUCCAUGCAGUUAGCUUCCUCAGAGGCAGGUUCCUCAAAGCGCCAGUACAUACAUGUUCCCAACUCUGCCUCCCACAGAAAUACAGUGCAGGGUCAGGAGAGAGAGCCGGGCCUCACAUAGCUCAUUGGAGGAUGCCCAUUGAUAAUUACAAAAGCAAAAAAACUUACUGAUGCUGAAUCACAGUAUGUGAGUGACUGACAGCUUUACUGUAGCUGAUGGACUUUCUAUACUAAGCAUCUUACUCUUAGGACCCCAGCUCUUCUACAAAGAUGUCUAGAGAAAACCUGUAUCCUCACACCACACCUCUCUUUUAGCCCAGAGAGCUGCACUUCAGCCUUUUCCAGAAUUCCAGUGUCACAUAGUUCAGCUCUUACCAACCCAGAUCAGCGGUUGUGAUUCAUCAUUUUGAAGGCUCUUGGAUUUUACAAAAACCUACUCUCACUAUCAUCCUCCAACAGCCACCUUCAGAAUUGAACCCCAUCUUACUCUUCCUUCAAGGAGGAGGAGCUAGGGGUUCAACUCCUUAGUUUAAGGGUUGCUAGUGGAGAUACUUCCAAUAGAAAACAACAGUAGCAGCUUUUCCUCAAAGUGUGACUCCUCAGGGGCUGAACUGCUCUUAGUAUAGGUAUUUCCCUAACGAUCUAGCAGAUAAGAGACAGCCACCACCGACUAUUACUAGUCACAUAGCUUCCAGAUACAAGAGAGGUGUAGAACUGGGAUGGAAGCAACCCCAAGUGUCUGCAAUAAAACCUUGAGGAAACCUCCUUCCUUCAGGCAGGAGAACAAGGCCAAGACCACCCAGAGGUGCUUAGAGGUGUCAGGAGAAAAGGAGGAGACUGUUGGAACCCCCUCCUUUCACCAAGUCCAGCCCCUUCUCUGCUUCUUGCAACCCUCUUGCACGGAAACAUUUGCAGAAUUGCAGAUCCCCUCCACACCCCCAGAUAAUAGGAGGAAAGGACUUUGGGGGGGGUGGGGGAUGGGGUAGUGGUAUUUUAAAAGCAUAAGUUACCUGUUUGCACUGUUUUAAGAUAGGUUAAAAGAAAAUUAGUGGUCAAGGUGAGCAUCAGACGUAAAUUUGUGUGUUUUUAUUUUGUCAUGCUCUUGAAAAUGUUUGACCAUUUGUAGUAUAUGCCAGUGAAACUUGCUUCUCUGUUGCAGAAAACACUAUUACUAUUAUUUUGAAAUGUUACUGUCCAAAAGCCUCUUCCCUCACCUCCCCUCUUCCUGUGUACUUCCUCCAUACUUGCUUUACUGAUCAACCCAGCAAUAGCCAUCCAAGAGCUAGGGCAUGAAGCAGGACCCUUUCCAAGCAGCCUCUGGGUGUCCUAAGACAGCACGCACCCCAUGGUUUAGUGAGUAUAGCUGUGUCCCUGGCACCUGACUGACAGUAAGGCUCACAGACCAGACGACAGCAAGUCAUCAAACUCUAGGGGUGAGGAGCCAGGCAGCAGAGGGGGCUCCUCAAGUAUUGCAGUUGGCUGGAGCCGCUGAGUUCUCCACGUUACCAGAACUGUAGCCAGUUACAGUUUACUCAGGAAAAAAAAAAAAAAAAAGGUAGAUCAAUUCAGCCAUGGUAGUGCUGGCUGGCAGGGAUUGGUAACUGAGAGAACUGCUCAUCAGCCAAAACUUGCCUUUAAGGAGCCUGCCAGCCAGGGCCUCGAUUCUCUCUGUCUGGUGGUUCUAGAAUUGCCAACUGUGAGGGCUUGGCUCACACAGUGGCAAGCAGAAAAGGGAACAUCAAUUAUCUUUCCUCUCCCCACCUUCUGCCCCCCUCACCAACCAGAAUCCCAGGUGCCAUGUGAGUUUUUGAAUCGUUAAAAAAAAAAGUUUUUUGGUUUGGUUUUUUUGGGGACUGAUAAGUGCUUUGAGCAAUGUCUCUACCCCACAUAGACUCCCAGCUUUAGUCUUUUUCUUAUAUAUUUUUUCUGUUCACAGUAUUUGUGUGUGUGUACACGCUUGUUUUUGGCAGCUCCUUUUGGCUAUAUUAUAUAUCGAGUGAUAAAUUGAUCCUCCCACCACCGGAUAUUAAAUCUCUCUUUUUUUUUUUUUUCUUUUUUCUUGUGUUUGAAUUCUGCUUGUGAAUAGCUGGAGCGAACCUGGGACUGACACGUAAGCUAGGGCUGCAAAGUGGCAGGAGCCAGUGGCCAUGUCCCUGACUGCUGACACACACACACACACACACACCAGAGCCUCUGAGCUUUCCAUCCCAAAUCUUUGCAAGGCUAAAAAUGCCAUAGAACCUCUCCUCUUCUCCCCACUUCCCAUGACAGAGACUGAACCAUCCCAACAUGCAACAUGCAAUUUCUCCAGCCCUCUCCCGUUGCCAUGGCAAAACAGGUACCUUUGGGCAUGGGGGCAAAUCAUGGGAUGCUUUGUAUAAUUGACCACCUGGCCUUCUCUCUACCCCCCCCCCAGAAUCACUUCCUAGGACACCCGAGCUGCUUGUCCAGGGUCCUGUUUCCCUGCAGACUACAGAGAAGCACCCCAGGGCUUUGUGACAGUCUCUACUCUCCACCCCCUUUCUCGUUAAGAAUCAUAUUGUAUAGUAGCUUUCAGACCAUACAGUAUUCAUUGGGUUUCUCCUAUUAUUAUCAAGUAGCUGGAAUUGUGAAGGUUGGAGUAGUUAGAUCUUUAGCUUUUAUUCUUUUUUUUUUUUGUAUUACUAUCCAUGUGUAUAAAUUAUUGAUCAUGUUGCUGGCUUUUAUAAACUCUAAGCAAAGGAGGAGCAUUGCCUCUGCCUUUGCAAAUGGUAAUGAAGCACUGUUUUUAAAUAAAAGAGAGAAACACCA